CUCCAAGUUAAAACUAACUUCAACUUAAUUUUAUAGGUACAUUAGCAUCAGCCAUUUUCUACAGAAAGGUAUACCUACAUUCUUGUGUAAAGAAUUAAAAAGGAUCGGAUACAAGAGUUGUACUUCAACAAACAAAACAAUAUAUAAGCAGAAUAGGGAUAGACUACAACAGAUGAAAACCAUACAAGCAAGCUGUUGUGAGUGAAGUUGGAGUGGAGUGUCUGGUGCUGCUACAAAGUUGAAAGAAAAGUUUAUACACACAUGGAGAUGGAGAAUUCAUCAACUGAAAAAGGAGAAAUGGUUGAAGAGCCUUUGCUUGAUGCUUCUGAAACUCAAAAGGGUGGCUUCAGAGCUUUGCUUUUUAUACUUGGACAUACGGCUUUGAUGAACAUGGGGUUGCUUUCUCUAGCACCGAAUCUGAUCCUGUAUUUGAUGAAUGAGUAUCACAUGGAUAUGGUUACUGGGUCCAAUAUGCUUUUCAUCUGGUCAGCAGUUUCCAACAUCGCUCCAGUUGCUGCGGCCAUUAUGGCGGAUUCUUUUGUGGGUCGGUUUCACAUGAUAGGCUUGGGAUCUGUUGUCAGCGUUGUGGGGAUGUUUUCGUUUUGGCUGACAUCAGUAAUUCCGCAAGCAAGGCCCCCACCCUGUGUCAAUUCCAUCGACAUUUGCAAAUCAGCAGAUAUGUUACAAUUCUUGUUCGUAUGUUUGUCUUUUGGGAUCAUUUCCAUCGGAGAAGGUGCAAUCAGAUCCUCAGCUUUAGCAUUUGGUUCUGAUCAAUUGACAGGAAUAGUAUAUCAAGAAAAUGUGCGUGCAAUGGAGAGAUACUUCAGCUGGUACUAUGCCGUGUUUGCUUUGUCUAGCCUGGUUGCUCUCACAUGUCUUGUUUAUAUCCAAGUCAACAUUAGCUGGGGUUUAGGUUUUGGAGUUCCGGUUUUGGUAGCGUUUUUUGCAACUGUUCUAAUUUGUUUGGGUACUCCAUUAUACGUGAAGCUGAAGCCUAAAUCGAGCUUAAUCACUGGCCUUUUUCAAGUGAUUGUAGCCUCUUAUAGAAAUAGACGUCUCAGAUUGUCGUCACAGACUGCAGAUUUACUAUACCAUCAGAAAGAAGGGUCAGCCAUAGCUCUUCCAAGUGAAAAACUAAGGUUUCUGAAUAAAGCUUGCAUUGUACAAGAUCCUGAGCUAGAUUUGAGCCCAGAUGGAGAAGCAAUAGAUCCUUGGCGUCUGUGCACCGUAGAUCAAGUAGAGGAGCUGAAAGCAUUGCUCAAAGUUGUUCCAAUCUGGUCGACAGGAGUUGUGUCGACCAUACAUAGCCAUAACUCUUUUCCAGUACUUCAAGCAACUUCCAUGGAUCGACAUAUUGGUUCAAGCUUUGAAAUCCCUGCUGCUUCCUUUGGCCUCUUCGGUGUCAUCUCUGCUAUACUUUGGCUUGUCCUCUAUGGUUGUGUGAUUCUUCCCUUAGCAUCAAAACUGACUGGAAAACCUGUCCACUUCAGCACGAAACAGAGAAUGGGGUUUGGUUUAUUUCUUUAUUUCCUGGCAGUUUUAGUUUCAGCUGCUGUAGAAAGUGUCCGGAGAAGUGUUGCAAUCAAGGAGGGGUACUCUGACGAUCCACAAAGCGUGAUCCCUAUGUCAGCAGUUUGGCUACUUCCCCAGUAUUUAAUUAUUGGCAUUGCAGGUGCCGUGUACGCCCCCAGCCAAAACCAAUUUUACAUAUCAGAAUUUCCUAAAACCAUGUCUAGUGUAGCUACUGCUCUAAUAGGAGUUGGUAGCGCAGCGGGAAGCUUACUAGCUAGCUUUGUACUGAAUACUACAAACGAGUUGACCAAAAGAGGUGGGCAAGAGAGUUGGAUAUCGAGCAAUAUAAACAAGGGCCAUUACGACUACUUUUAUUUGGUUCAAGCAGGAAUUUGUCUGGUAAACAUACUGUGUUAUAUUGUUUGCUGUAGAGCUUAUGGUCCUUGUAAAGGAGAGGAGGUAGAAGUUAUGGAAGAAGAAAAACCAUGAAUUGGUCCAAUAACUUAUAGUUAGUAUCGUAUCAAUUCAUGCAAGUGCUUAUUUGUAUGUUUACUUUUCUUCUGUUGAGAAUGGCUGAUGCUAAUAUAUAUAAAUAAAGUUGUAGUCACUCACUGGAUAUGUUGUUCAAGUGUAGAAGCUAAACAAGUAGAUACACCGGUCUUACGUGGCAUCACGUGGAUGCCAUAUAGGACGUAUAUGUCUACAUGUUCAUUUUUAUACAAGUUUAAGUGACUACCUAUCCACAUCCAAUUGUAGCAUUUACACAUUUUUUUUUCUUUUUUUAAAGAAAAACGAGUUUGACAGACCAA